AGAACAACUUUUUUGACUUCCUGCAAAGAGGACCCUUCAGAGUAUUUUGGAGAAGUUAGUAAAACCGAAUCUGACAUCACCACCUAGCAGUUCAUGUAACUCGCAAGUGGUUUGUUCUUAGGGUUACAGAGGAGGAAAUUGCUCCUCGUCUGAUAAGACAACAGUGAGGAAAGGACGCAUGCUGUUCCUUAGGAACACAGCUGAUUUCCAGAUAUGACCAUGUAUUUGUGGCUUAAACUUUUGGCAUUUGGCUUUGCCUUUCUGGACACAGAAGUGUUUGUUACCGGGCAAGACACAACUCCUUCCAGUACUGGAUCUACUACAAUAAAGGAGUCUAAUGUUCUGCUUCCAAGUGACCCUUCACCUGCUCGCACCACUGCAUUCUCACUCGCAAGCAUCUCUGAAAGAGAAAAUGACUCCUCAGAGACCACGCCUCUCUUUAGUCCAGGCAAUACUUCAACCCCAGUAUCCCUGGACUCCUUGGAUAAUGCUAGUGCUCUUGCUAUGACAGGUGUUCCGUCAACACAGACGCCUGACUUUUCCACGCACAAAGACUCGCAGAUGCCCUCUGGCGAAGCAGACACUCAGGCAUACAGCGGCAUGGCCGCCACUCCCACACUCAUGCCUGCCCCCAGCAGGAAUGACACCUCAGAUGUCCCAGGAGAGAGGAUUCCAACCAGCUCCUUUCCUGCAAACACAACAGUGUUCACGUUAGCAGCUACCCUCAGCCCUGCACGCACCAGCUCUUUGGCCUCACCUGCACGCACCUCCAACACCACCACCAACACCAGCUCCUCAGAUUCUCACAUCACACCAGCCACUUUGAGCCCUGAACAAAGCACUGUUUCUUCAACCAUAACAAUAGCUACUACUACACCUAAGAUAUCAUGUGAUAGAAAAUACUCAUACAUUCCUGUGAAGUACUCAUAUAACAAUACAACUCGAUCAUUGAGGGCAAAACUAGAAGUUGAUGAUGAACUGAAAUGUGACCCUAUUUGCAUAAACAAUGAGUUACAUAAUCUAACUGAAUGUAAACCUAUUACUGUUAAUAUAUCUCAUGAUUCAUGUGGUUCUCCAUAUAAAAAUUUAACAUUAGAUGUCCCACCAGAGCAUAAUAAAUUUGAAUUAGACAACUGCACAACAAAAGAACAAGCAAAUACUACUAUCUGUUUACAAUGGAAAACUCAUCAACCCUUUGAGUGUGACCCAAAUAAAAUUACAUACAGAUUUGAAUGUGAUACUACAACAUCUAAUAAGACUAAAAUUGAAGUAAAAGACCUUGAACCCAAACAUAAUUAUAUUUGUGUUGCAGAAGUACGCUAUAAUCAGCAUGAGUAUAUUAAGGAGAACAAAACUAUUGAAACAGAUUUGGGGAUUCCAGGAGAGCCUCAGAAUAUCAAUUGUACUAGUGAAAGUGCAUUCCAAGGAGUAGUGACCUGGGAUCAUCCUGAAACUUCAUUUCACAAUUAUUCUUUCUGUUUUAAGAAUGAAUCCGAAAGCUGCUCCAUACUCAGUAACAUCACUGCAAAACAUGAUUUGAAGAUAUUGAAACCUUAUACAAACUAUAGUGUAUCAUUAUAUGCCUACAACAAUGCACAAAUAAAACGUAAUGGAAGUGCUGUGACGUGUGGUUUCCAAACAAAAGCAUAUCGUCCAAGCAAGGUCAAGAAUUUGAAUGCUUCCGCGACCUCAGAUAAUAGUAUUCUUAUCAAGUGUGAGCCUCCCGACAACCUUAACGGCCCCAAUUCUUGCGAAUACCAUUUGAACGUCACAUCUGAAAAUAUUACAGUUGAAAAAUUUAAUGAAACUAGAUGCCAUUUCCAUGUACCAGAUCUUCACUAUUCAACAGUCUACACAUUUGUGGUUAAUUGCUACAAUGGAAAAUAUUUUGGAGACCCAGCUCAAACAUGGCAAUCAACAUCUUACAAUUCUAAAGCACUGAUAUCAUUUCUUGCAUUUCUGAUUAUUGUGACAUCAAUAGCCCUGUUGGUUGUUCUCUAUAAGAUUUAUGAUCUGCAUAAGAAAAGAUCCUGCAACUUAGAUGAACAACAGGAACUUGUUGAAAGGGAUGAUGAAAAGCAACUGAUGAACGUGGAGCCAAUCCAUGCAGAUAUUUUGUUGGAAACUUAUAAGAGAAAAAUUGCCGACGAAGGAAGACUUUUUCUGGCUGAAUUUCAGAGCAUUCCACGAGUGUUCAGCAAGUUUCCUAUCAAGGAUGCCAGAAGGUCCUUUAACCAGAACAAAAACCGUUAUGUUGACAUCCUUCCUUAUGAUUAUAACCGUGUUGAACUCUCUGAGAUAAAUGGAGAUGCAGGGUCAAACUACAUAAAUGCUAGCUAUAUUGAUGGUUUCAAAGAACCCAGGAAAUAUAUUGCUGCACAAGGUCCAAGGGAUGAAACUGUUGAUGAUUUCUGGAGGAUGAUUUGGGAACAAAAGGCCACAGUUAUUGUAAUGGUCACUCGAUGUGAAGAAGGAAACAGGAACAAGUGUGCAGAAUAUUGGCCAUCAAUGGAAGAGGGCACUCGGGCUUUUGGAGAUGUUAUUGUAAAGAUUAACGAACAUAAAAGAUGUCCAGAUUACAUCAUUCAGAAAUUCAGCAUUACAAAUAAAAAAGAAAAAGCAACUGGAAGAGAGGUAACUCACAUUCAGUUUACCAGCUGGCCAGACCACGGGGUGCCUGAAGAUCCCCACCUGCUCCUCAAACUGAGAAGGAGAGUGAACGCUUUCAGCAACUUCUUCAGCGGUCCCAUUGUGGUGCACUGCAGUGCUGGUGUUGGGCGCACUGGCACGUAUAUUGGAAUUGAUGCCAUGCUGGAAGGCCUGGAAGCUGAGAACAAAGUGGAUGUUUAUGGUUAUGUCGUCAAGCUAAGGCGACAGAGGUGCCUGAUGGUUCAAGUGGAGGCACAGUACAUCUUGAUCCACCAGGCUUUAGUGGAAUACAACCAGUUUGGUGAAACAGAAGUGAACUUGUCUGAAUUACAUCCGUAUCUACAAAACAUGAAGAAAAGAGAUCCACCUAGUGAGCCAUCUCCUCUGGAGGCUGAAUUCCAGAGACUUCCUUCAUAUAGGAGCUGGAGGACACAACACAUUGGAAAUCAAGACGAAAAUAAAAAUAAAAACAGGAAUUCUAAUGUUAUUCCAUAUGAUUUUAACAGAGUGCCAAUUAAACAUGAGCUGGAAACCAGCAAAGAGAGUGAGCAUGACUCAGAUGAGUCCUCUGAUGAUGACAGUGACUCAGAGGAAACGAGCAAAUACAUCAAUGCAUCUUUUAUAAUGAGUUAUUGGAAACCUGAAGUGAUGAUUGCUGCUCAGGGGCCACUAAAAGAGACUGUUGGUGACUUUUGGCAGAUGAUCUUCCAAAGAAAAGUCAAAGUUAUUGUUAUGUUGACAGAACUACAACAUGGAGACCAGGAAAUCUGUGCUCUGUACUGGGGAGAAGGAAAGCAAACAUACGGAGAUAUAGAAGUUGACAUGAAAGAUACAAACAAAUCUUCAGUUUAUACCCUCCGUAUCUUUGAACUGAGACAUUCCAAGAGGAAAGACCCUCGAACUGUGUACCAGUACCAAUAUACUAACUGGAGUGUGGAACAACUUCCUGCAGAACCUAAGGAAUUAAUCUCUAUGAUUCAGACCCUGAAACAAAAACUUCCUAAGAAGAAUUUCUCUGAAGGGAAUAAGUAUCACAAGAGUGCCCCUCUCCUCAUUCAUUGCAGAGAUGGAUCUCAGCAAACAGGAGUAUUUUGUUCUUUGCUAAAUCUUUUGGAAAGUGCAGAAACAGAAGAAGUAGUAGAUGUUUUUCAAGUAGUAAAAUCUCUACGCAAAGCUAGGCCAGGCAUGAUUUCCACAUUCGAGCAAUACCAAUUCCUAUAUGACAUAAUUGCCAGCAUCUAUCCUGCUCAGAAUGGACAAGUAAAGAAAAACAACAAUCAAGAAGAUAAAAUUGAAUUUGAUAAUGAAGUGGACAAAGCAAAGCAAGAUGGUAAUUGUGUUAGUCCACUUGUUGCCUCAGAUAAAACCCAUGGAGGAAACAAAGAGGCUGAAGGUUCUGAACCCACAAGUGGCACUGAGGGACCAGAACAUUCUGCCAAUGGCCCUGCAAGUCCAGCUUUAACUCAAAGUACAUAGGAAAAGACAUGAAUGGGGCAACUCAAAACCUCAUAUUAGCCCUUAUUUCUAUUUUUCUAGAAGUGGGAAGUUAAAAUAGAUAUGCAAGUGGAUUAAUGAAAUGUAUUGAACCAAUAUUUGUUGGAGGUUUCUAUUUUACUACUUUGGGAAAAUAUUUAAGAUAGUUUUGCUAAAACAUUUUGUACAGACUUAUGCUUAUUUUAAAAUGUUAUCAUUCAGCAAAUACAACUUCUUUGUA